AUGGGCAAAGCCUUAGGCAUAUGCUUUGGUGGGAUGGAAGGAGAGGUGAAGGAAAAAUUAAAAGCUAUGGAGAUCAAGGAUAAAAUUCAGGCAGAUUCAAGAGCUGUAGAUGCACAGGGUUUGGGUAAAGCUGAAAAGAGAAGGAGGGUCAAAUUACUGCUUAAAGAUAGGAAAAUUGAUUUUGGUUUUUUCCAAGAGACAAAGAAAACUGAGGUUACACCAGAUUUUGUAAUAUCACUUUGGCCUGUGGAUGAAAUGGAAUUCAUGGUGGUUGACUUUGAAGGGAGGGCAGGUACUCUCCUUCCAGAUUUUAACUGUGUCCUUGUCAAUGUUCAUGCUCCAAAUGAAGUUAAUGAGAUAAGUAGAUUCUGGAAUGUGUUGUAUGGGUUGAGAUCUAGCUUUUGUUAUUUCUGGUGUCUAGCUGGUGAUUUCAAUGAGAUACAAAAUCUUGGAGAAAGAAGGGGAUGUUCUAGAAGAGACAGAGGGAUGAAAGACUUUAAUUUAUUUAUAGAACAUAUGGAGCUUCUUGAUUUACCCAUGUUGGGAAGACAGUUCACAUGGUGCAAUUCUAAUGAAGGAGAAAGAUGGAGUAGAAUUGACAAAGUACUCAUGUCAACGGAGUGGGUAGAAAGGUUGAAGUUAAAGUUAUGGGGUUUAGAGAGAAGUGUCUCAGAUCAUUGCCCCUUGUUACUAGUUAAGGAUGGCAGGGAUUGGGGUCCAAGGCCAUUUCGCUUCAUAAACGCUUGGACUCUACAUCCGAAAUUUGGAGAAGUUGUGAAGAAAUCCUGGGAUAAUUCUGCAAUUACUAGCUGGGCAGGUUUUGUUAUUAUGAAUAAGCUGAAGGUUCUACGUUCAGUUUUAAAAAAAUAG